UUUCAUGUUGGCACUGUUGGCCCCCCAUACAGUGGGUGUUGACAUGUCCGUGUCAUUUGGUCAGCUGAUUGCGGGUCGUAAAGCCUCUGGGAUAGCCAGUUUAGUUAGCCUAGCUUGGCUGUAUGUUUGUUUUUUUUAACGUUGGUACAAAGGUGGCCUUUAACGUAGCCCUGACAUUUUAAAAAGCUGUAGCAAUUUACGGCAUUUCAAGCGCCGCUGCCUGCCUUUUUUUGCGGCUGUUAGCCUAGCAACGGUUAGAGUGGCCGUGGGGAAGGGAGUGAAGUUGCUCUCCGAGUCUCUGCAUUGCAGCUCCGGGUGCUGCUGAUGGAAUUCAAACACACAACAAUGGCGACUCCCAGCCCUAACAACUCAACAACACCCAGCAGCAACAACGCAGGAGUACACCAGCAACACCAGUCCCAGUCCCAGCACAUUACCACCAUGAGCAGCAUGCAGGAGUCCAACACCUGCUGGAGAUGUCAGAGUGAAACAGGGUUUCAGAUAAACCUGUCUGGAGCUCCCCCAAGUAAACGUAAAGCCCUGAAGCUGAACUUUGCCAAUCCUCCCAUCAAACCCAUGACUAGAUUCACACUGAACACGGCCGGGCCGCCCUUCCAGAACCCUCACAUAGAGAGGCUGAGGACACACAGCAUCGAGUCCUCGGGAAAAUUGAAGAUCUCCCCAGAGCAGCACUGGGACUUCACAGCCGAAGAUCUCAAAGAUCUGGGCGAGAUCGGCCGAGGAGCUUACGGCUCCGUCAACAAGAUGGUGCACAAGCCGAGUAACCAGAUCAUGGCGGUCAAGAGGAUUCGAUCAACAGUUGAUGAGAGAGAACAGAAGCAGCUGUUGAUGGACUUGGACGUGGUUAUGAGAAGUAGUGAUUGUCCUUACAUCGUGCAGUUUUAUGGUGCUCUGUUCAGAGAGGGGGACUGCUGGAUUUGUAUGGAACUUAUGGCUACCUCGUUAGACAAAUUUUACAAGUUUGUAUAUGGCUCAUUAGAUGAUGUGAUUCCAGAAGAAAUAUUAGGAAAAAUAACUUUAGCUACUGUGAAGGCACUUAACCACUUAAAAGAAAACUUGAAAAUUAUACACAGAGACAUUAAGCCGUCAAACAUCCUCCUGGACAGGAACGGCAACAUAAAGCUGUGUGACUUUGGCAUCAGCGGUCAGCUGGUGGACUCCAUCGCCAAAACCAGAGAUGCCGGUUGCAGACCGUACAUGGCGCCGGAGAGAAUAGACCCCAGCGCGUCCCGGCAAGGUUACGAUGUCCGCUCAGAUGUCUGGAGUUUGGGAAUCACACUGUAUGAGCUGGCCACGGGACGGUUUCCCUACCCAAAGUGGAACAGUGUGUUUGAUCAGCUGACCCAAGUGGUGAGAGGAGACCCGCCGCAACUCAGCAACUCGGAGGAGAGGCGCUUCUCCCCCAAAUUCAUCGCCUUUGUCAAUGUGUGCCUUACAAAGGAUGAAUCAAAAAGGCCAAAGUACAAAGAGCUGCUGAGAGAUCCGUUCAUUCAGAUGUACGAGGAGCGCUCGGUCGACGUAGCCGGUUACGUCUGCAGGAUCAUGGAUCAGAUGCCGGCCUCUCCCAGCUCCCCCAUGUAUAUGGACUGAUAGCAAGAUGAAACAGGAACUCAUCCAUAAAUAUAAACCACUCUGCAAUGACAGCAUCAAAAAGAGAUAACUAAGUAAUUAAAAAAAAAAAAGUCCUUGUGUAAAUUUGCUCGGUCCCAUUAUUGCAGUGUUAAAAAGAGAAUUGUAAAGCCUAAAAAAAAAAAGAAAAAAAAAGCACCACGUGCAGUAAAAGUGGUGUCCUUUCAGUCAUUUCUGUAUAUUAACACACUUCUGUUUCUUUCUUGUUCACAAACGCACAGACGCACAGUCACCUAAAUAUUAAUAGCAGCUGAAUCAAUCAAUCAUGACUCAUCCUGAUCAGGAUACAUCUCAGUGAUUUAGUAACAGUGAUUUUAAAGAGAGGAGAAAAAAAAACCCCUGGAACUUGUAUUUAUAGAACCAAAAAUCGUGGAGACUCUUCGACAUACUGGAAUUAUGCUCUUUGUGAAAUGUUCCCACCUCUUCAUGUAACGAAAGCAUCGUGUUUGGUAUCUUAAUGGAACUGUGCUUCUCUGGGUAUAAAGCAGUUUAAAAGUGUUGGUAGUCAGUCAUGUUGGACCCGCAGUCCACUCAGUGCUCGCUGUGCAGUGGACUCUAAGCUGAUUUAUGAAUAAAGAGAGAGAAGGUUAAA